AUGUUCUCGAAUCCUGUGCGGGAUGGCACAACUGGACGUCCGGUUCGAUCGUCCUUCAAAAACUUCAAGCUUCAUGCCCUGUCCUACAACUUUCGCCCUCCACGCCACCCACAUCCAACGUCGCCUCAACUACCCUCCCUCCCCCCCCCCGACCUCGCCACCGACGACGACGACGACGACGAAAUCAACCAUCAACCGACGAGGCCGGCUACGGGGUCAAUGAUCGAGGUCGAGGAGGACGGCGGUAUGAAGUCGAUGGUCGGCAACGAGGUCAAGGUCGAGGUCGAGCAAAUCAUCUAUCCACACAUUGUCAGUACACAGUCUUCGAAGGACCUUACUCCGUACGUUGUCGUACACAUGUAA